GACUGUGAUUCUUAAGUCAUGAUAAUCAGAUAACAUCAGAUCUGCUGCUGGAUAGAAGUCCUGAUUGUCACGUACACAAACUGCAGACCUCCCACCCUCACAACAAGCAGAGAUUUGGUGUCAUAUGGACGCUGCUGAAAAGCAUGAUUAGCAGGUUAUUGUUGAUGGUGGAACAUGCAGGAUAUGUAAACAAACCUGCGUGUGGAUGUGUUGUGUUUGAUAUUUGUUGUUUGUCCACCUGCCCGUGCCUCAGGUUUGAGAUGCUGGAUGCUGCCAGGAACAAAGCCAGAGUGAAAGCCUGCUACGUGAUGAUGGCGGUCACGAUUGGGGCGUGUUUGAUCACGGUGAUCCUGGGCAAACGGGCUGCAGGCAGAAACGAGUCUCUGACAGUCCAGAACAUGGAGAAGAAAGCAAGAUGGAGGGAGGAAAUACAGAAAGAGAAGGAAGCUGCUCUCGCCCUGUCUGAGAAGGCUCACUAAAAGAUCACGUCCCUUCAAACCCUCAUAGUGGGCCCAUAGUGUCCCCCUUAUCCCUGUAUUUAUCACAACUUCAGAGCUCUCCACUCCCAUCCUACAUAGCAGCCAACAGAAAUCACAGCAGUUUGUGAUUCUUAACUUUUUUUAAGCCUUUGUGAAGUUUCAUCUUCAUUUUUUUUUAAACGGAUAACAAAUACUGUGGCGUUGUGAUACAUUUCUGGCAAAAAUAAUGAUUUUUCAGACAAGAGACGCACCAAUAACGUUUUAUCUAGCAAUGCUUCUAGUAAGCUUUCAACAUAUACCUCGAAAUCUCUCCAAAAUAACUGCCUUAGUUUUGAAAUUAACCUCAAAGGCAACGGUCCGACUUGUGAUGACAGUUCAGGUUUAAAAUGGUGUUCUGUUUUUCUGUAAGAGAACGUCAAGAAGUGGAUCAGGCAUCUGAACGAGGGUCCGGUCUGUUCUGGAUCAUGUGGGUUGUUCAUGACUUGAUGCAGCUUCUGUGUUUGUAUAAAGUGAGCACUAAAAAAAUAUGAAAUAAAGUAUUUCUUCUUGAGGA